CAUUCAUUUAGACAUUUCUGCUUGAAUUUUCUGUUCAAGAUUCAAACCCAUAACCUUGUGCUGUGAGUCAUUAGUGCUAACUACCCUCACAAACACCUCUGCCUCUUAAAGGCUAACCCCUCAGAAUGAGGCAUGGAGGACGAGAGGAGAACAAGAGUGGUCCUUCUGGCGUGUGGGUCUUUUAACCCAAUCACCAACAUGCACCUGAGGAUGUUUGAACUGGCGCGGGACUAUUUGGAGGACACAGGUCGCUACAAGGUGGUGAAAGGCAUCGUGUCUGCGGUUGGGGAUGGCUACAAGAAGAAGGGUCUGAUUGAGGCUUUCCAUCGUGUGAAAAUGGCCCGACUGGCAACAGAGAACUCCGAGUGGAUCACGGCGGAUGCGUGGGAGAGCUCGCAACCUGAGUGGGUGGAGACAGCCAAAGUGAUUCGGUUAGUGGUUUAACAACUUUUCUUCAACUGUGUUG